AUGGACAAAUUAUCAUCUGUUUUUGUUCUGCAGCAGGACCCAGCAGCAUCCGACACCUCUGAGGCCGAUUCUGACACUAGAGAAGGUGAAACGGUGGCCAUGAACUACAAGCCCUCACCACUGCAAAUGAAAAUAGAGAAACAGAGAGAGCUGGCCAGGAAGGGAUCAGUAAAGAAUAGCCCCGUCAACCACCAACCUAAGAAGAACAACGGCAUGGCCAGAACACGUUUGGUGGUGCCAAACAAAGGCUACUCCUCUUUAGACCAGACCAGCCCGGAUGAGAAGCCCCUGGUAACGCUGGACACAGACAGUGAUGAUGACUUUGACAUGUCCAGAUACUCUUUGUCUGGAUACUCCUCAGCCGAGCAGAUCAACCAGGAUCUCAACAUCCAGCUUCUGAAGGACGGUUACCGGCUGGACGAAAUCCCUGACGAUGAGGAUCUGGAUCUGAUCCCGCCCAAAUCAGUCAACCACACGUGCAUAUGCUGCCAAGCCACCACCUCCUCAGCCUGCCAGAUCCAAUAGCCCCUCCCACAAUAUAUGCCAUGACUCCGCCCCCUGCAGUGAGCUCACCUCACCACUGGGGCGGCGACAGGGAGACAGAAUGCCCUGAUCGGAGGGGGAGAAAAAACAGAAGAAUAGGUCUAUUGGAAUUAGUGUGGAUAUGAAAAGGGUGAAAAUGCACAAAAUAUGUACUCCUAUGGUAGGACA